AUGGAAAACAGUAGUGCAAUAAAAGUUUCCAUUCCAACUGUUACCCAGGUUGGAAGUUACAGCCUAUACGACCUGGAGAUAGAAAUACAACUAAAUAAAUUCAAGGUAGAAAGAUUUCGAAUUAGCAAGCGAUACAGCGACUUUGUCACAUUGAGAAAAUACCUUGAAAGUCAGCAUGCCACUCAGUUACCAGAUUUGCCUUCCAAAUAUGCAAGCUUAUACAAAAGAAAUGAGACUUUGCUGAAUGAACGCAAAGUUGGACUAAUGAAUUUUGCGACGUCACUAUUAAACGAUCGCCAGUUACGUGCAGAAAGCGAAGUUCUUUACUUCUUCAAUAUUCCUAAAUCGACAAUUGUAGAGCUAAACAUGUUAAAUGCUGAUAAAAGUAGAACAGAGGAAAAAAGCAUAGGUCUCUCGAUAAGCAAGAUAGACUCUGCUCAACAAUGGAUGGAAGUCUACAGAACAAUUAAAUCAUUACUUCAAGAUUCUAGAACCAAAAUGUUCAAUAAAGGUAACGUGGUAGAAAUUCGGAGAAAUUUAAAGACAGCAGAAACUAAUGCUGACCUGUUGAAGUCUUACCUUACAACUACACAGGAGUUGGGGUCUGGUGAAAUACGAAGACGGAAAGAGCUCUUACUAUCUGUAACAAAAGAAAUAACAGAAUUGAACGAUAUGCUCCGCACUAUGAAGUUAACAGAUCUCGCAGAGAAAGCCCCGUAUAGUUCAGUUAAUGCGAACGAUUUAUUCAAGACACAUAAUUCAAGUGGGCGCCGAACUUUGGGAAGAAUAAAGGAGUCCGCACAGACAAAAAAGUUAGACAACCAGGGCUUGCUACAAGUACAACAAAAUGAAAUGCAGGACCAGGAUCAAAGCUUGAGUGCAUUAAGAGAUAUGAUUAUAAGGCAAAAGCAGAUUGGAAUUGCUGUUAACGAAGAAAUUGGUAUACAGAAUGAGCUACUUGAUAGCCUCAAUCAAGAGGUUGACCAAAGCACAAACAAACUGAAGGUUGCGAAGGGGAAAAUUAACAAGAUUUUGUAG